AUGCCUGUUGCAAACUUUAAAAAACUUCAAGAGAAACUCCUUCUAAGCCACCAAAAAGAUGGGAAGAGGAAAAGGAAUGGCAGUGAUUUCCCUGUAUCACAGACCAAGAAAAAACUUCAGGCUCGAAUCUGUUUGCUGCUGGUGGAGUUGUGCGAAAGGUUUACUUUUUUUGCCAUCGUCUGUAAUAUGAUUAUUUUUUGCACUGUAAAGCUAGGCUACCACAACUACCAGGCAGUCAUUGUGAACCUCAGUUUCAUUGGGACUUCCAUGCUCACACCUGUGUUUGUGGGAUGGCUGGCUGACACCUGUCUAGAGAGGACCAGACUGGCAUAUGUUUGCUCAGUUCUACAUUUUGUGGGCACUGCUAUACUACCUGUUGUUGCUUUUCCCUCAGAAGAUUUCUAUGUAGACUCUCACUAUAUGAUUCACAGCCUACCUAAAAAGGAACAAAAUAUCCUGUUCUAUUUAGGACUAAUGGCAACCUGCCUUGGAACUGGAGGAAUAAGAAACAUUGUCUGUCCACUAAGUUCUUACAGACUUCAGGAACAUGAACCUAAGAAACUAAUGUCUUUUUUUACCUGGUGCAAUUGGCUGAUGAAUCUAAAUGCAGUUAUUGCCUUUCUGGGAAUAUGUUAUGUCCAGCAAUCAGUGGCCAGAAAUUUUGUUUUCCUUAUUCCAUUUAUGUCGAUGCUUAUGGCUCUGAUUACUAUUCACAUGGUACACAGUGAACUAAUUUACAAACCAGAAAAAGGUGGCUCCCUACUGACAAUUUGGGGAGUAUUUUUUAAUGCACUGAAAAUGUGCUGUCUGAAAUAUAACCAUAUUGGCCCCAAUGUGCCUAGCUGGUUAGAUCGGGCUAAGGAAAACAAUGGUGGCUGGUACAGUGAACUUCAGGUGGAACACACAAAAUCGCUCUUCAGGCUUUUUCCUCUCUUUGUUUUUCAGCUUUUAUAUCGAGUCUGCAUUAUGCAGAUUCCUUCAGGAUAUUAUCUGCAAACUAUGAAUUCCAACUUGAAUUUGAAUGGGUUUCUUCUGCCAAUUGCAGCAAUGAAUGUGAUAAGCAUCCUACCUUUAUUAAUUCUUGCUCCUUUUCUUGAGUGUCUCAGCACUUGCCUAUUUCCUCAAAAGAGGGGAGGACCACUGUCAAUAUGCAUUAUUGCUGGUAACCUUUCUGCUGCCUUGUCUGUGAUGGGAGCUGGCUUCUUUGAGAUACAUAGAAAAAACUUCCCUCUGGUGGAGCAGAUUCUUUCUGGCAAAAUUCUUCCAGUUUCUGCCAUGCCUUGUCUCCAACUGGCUCCUCAGUAUGUUUUACUUGGUGUGGCUGAAGCUCUAGUAAAUCCAGCCUGUUCUGCAAUAUCAUAUAAGCUCAUACCAAGUAAAGUCAGAGGAAUCUCCAUGAAUUUUUUGGCUCUGUUUAAUGGAUUUGGUUGCUUCAUGGGGGCACUGAUGGUGAAGGUAGUAUAUACAACUUCAGAAGGCAAUUGGUUUCCAAAUGCAUUAAACAAAGGCAAUUUAGAAAAUACCUUCUUCUUUUUGGCAUCAUUAAUGUUGUUGGACAUCCUGGGAUUCUGGAGCAUUUCACAUAGAUACUGUAAUCUAGAUCAAUUUCAUAACCAGAGAAUCAGGAGACACCAUCCUGAAGAAACACUUCUCCAAAAUGACCAGUAUCUAAAAUAUUAUGACAGUAUCAUGGAAUCUUCUUCCACUAUUGAUGCUUAUGAGACAACCUUGUGAAACUGGAUGUGACAUAUCAUCACAGUGUUUUUGAUAUGUAAUCUUCAGGCUGAGUGAUUUGUAUAUCUUGAUAUA